AUGGCAUCCCCACUGAGCUCGCCCCGCGCGCGCAGCAGUUCCCGCGCGGCCUUUCGCUGUCAAUGCCUGGAGCGAACCUUCGCGCGGCUCGACGAGGCCUACCCGGUGAAGUUAGUGACUUUCGACUUCGAUGAAACCUUGACCUUGAUCACUUACCUCAUCGAAGAUGGGGACUCGGAGGAAGUGCAGAAGCAAAUUGUGAGAACCAACUUCCAAACACCUUGGGUGAAAGGGAGCCGAAUUGAGAAUCUCAAGAGUAUGCUGAAAGCUUUGUCAACCUCCAAUUCUGGACAACGACGUGCUCUAGCAGUCCUUACGAAGAACUAUGCUGGACAGAAGGCUGUCCAUCUCCUAUUGCACAUCGCUGGCCUGGCCAGGUACUUCGAUGCCAUUUGGGCCUUGCCUUCGGGUGGUUUGUACCGCUGCCAGGAUGAGUGGUAUGAAAUGCCCACGCCGAAUGUGAAUCACAAGGCGGAUCUGUUGGCUUUGGUAGUUGAGUCUCCCAGCGAGUUCCUUCCACAACUGACACAGAACAUCGAUGAGUGGAAGGACUUUGGUGGCUUGAAGAUGGAGGGCAUCGUUUCUCGAUGUGAAUGGGAUCCGGACGAUGGCGUGGCACUGUCAAACAUGUCAAACUCUCAUACCUUCACAACGUCUUCCCUGCGCAUCUGUGGCUCUGAAGCUGACGGGGCGGACGGCCGAAUGACGGUGCUGCCGGGAGUGCUCACCUUAUCGCAGGUGAAGGUCUGCGAGCUAAGCAGGAACAAGCAGAAGGCAGUUUUGUUCACAAAUCCUUUGGGCAAGGCAUGCUAUGAGCUCAACCAAGAGCGUGUCAAAGCCUGUCUCGACGAGCUGGACCGCUUCCGAUUGCUGGAGCCAGGCUUAGUCUACGCCUCAGAAGUGCGGCACGCAGCCGAGUCUAGGCCACUCAAUGCCAAGGAGUGGCGCAGUUUCCAGGCGGAGAUCGGCUGCCAGCCGUUGCACCUUGCUUGCCUGGCCUGUGGUUCGGAGGUGGAGCGGUUGCUGAAGGAAGGGGCCAAGGACAAGGCCAAGGUCGUUCAACAGCUGGCGGCAGACAUCGUCAAGCUGCUCAUCGAGUAUGGUGCCCGGCUGGAUCUCGCGGAUGUGGGUCCCAUGGAGAACACGGCCCUGCACCUUGCUGCACGCGCGGGAGCGGCCCAUUUGUUGAGCACUUUGUUGGUCUUGGGUGCUGAUUGUCGCGCGGUGAACGGCGAUGGCUGCACGGCAGAGCUCUUGGCGCAACGGGCCGGGCAGACGCUAUGCCAACAGAUCCUGCAGGUGAUGCUAGUGGAGAAGGAACUGGACUUUUUGGACGGCCCGAAACAGGGCCGUUCCCUCCGCCCUCGUUCCCGCAACUCCAAGGGCUCUACCGCGCCCGCACCGCCGGAGGCCACGCCCGCCGAGGGCGCAGCGCCCAGGGCACGGGAGGCCAAGGGCGCCAAGUACGGCAGGGAUGGGCUGUGGGCCAUGCUGCACCCCGACUCCGAGAGAUCCAGCGAGUCGGACGGCGUGGAUUCCUCUGACUUCUCUGCUUGCUCUGAUGCCUCAGAUUACGAGGAUCAAACCAGGAACUUGGUUCGAAAGCUGAGAAUCAGGAAAGCCAGGCGCACCGAACAGCUGCAAGAGAUUCAGGCGGAGCAUGAGGCACUGCAAGAAGACGCGCAGCGCUUGGAGGAGAUGGCCAUGUCUUUGAAGGAUCGCUUCAAGACCUUGACAGAUCGCUUGGCUCGCUUCGACGCCGGCGACCUGGCCUCGACGCAGGAGGAGAUCGCCUCCGAACGGGAGCUGCGAAGCUGGUGGGAACAGCGCAGUGGCGACCUCGCAACGCAGGUCGCUCAGCUCUUGGAGCAACGGAAACGGCAGAGGGAGGAGAAGAGUCAGGAGAUCUAUCGAUUGGAGAGAGAGAUGCGCUACCAUCAACGACGUGUCCAGGGGCUGGAAAGCUACUGGGAGCAGUUCUUCGAAGCGGAAUGCGCGGCGGGCGUCAUCGACCUGCUUAGUGCUGAGCAGAGGUGUCGCAGCUUGGAGAAGGAGCUCAAGAAGAUGGUGACCGACAUCUCGCCAGACCUGGCCAUGCCCUCGGCUUUGCCACAGCUCUUCUCUCCGGUGUCGCCCAGCUCCGGCUCAACGCUCGGCGCCGCGCGGGUGCGCAAGCCGCUGGCGCCCAGCGGGGAGCUUUGCGCAGCGGCGGCGGUGCACCGGAAGAUUCACAUGGUGGAGAUGGAACACAAAGCCAAGGUCAAUGAGAUGACAGAUUUUUGCAAUGGCAGAUUUGCUGAAAAGGAAAGGCACAUCAUGGCGGCGCUCGAAGAAAAGCUCGGGGAGAUGGUGCGAGGUCCUUUAGAGGAGCAAAAUGUCUCCUGGGACACCAUCGCUCAGAUGCUGCUCGAUCGAGACGGCGCGUGCGCGGCUGGCCGCGCAGACGGACAGCGGAUAGCGUCCAAAAAAGACGGCGGUCAGCAGCGGAGCCCCAGUGGCGCGCAAGUCUUGCGCUUUUGCAAAGUGGCGCGCUAUGACGGCUACUACCGAAACCUGGGCUACGUCAAGAAUAUGGGAGGAAUUGGAGCUCAUUGUGCGGAGGAUUAUGAGACCUUGAAGAUGUUCGUGGAAGCACCGUCCACCUACAAGGAAACUCUGUGUUUGCAUUGCGUGGAGCGACACUUCGAAAAUAGUAGUGCGCACCAGCCUGUGGAUUUGAUCAUUUUUGACUUCGAUGAAACCUUGACUCUUGCUACUUUCAUGCCUUCAGACCGAGAUUUCGAUGAUCUUGGAUGGGAAGCCUGUGAUUUGGAGACCGAUUGGAGCGUCGAAGAUUUGUUGAGCUACAACUUCGAAUCUCCAUUUCAGUCGGGCAGACUCACUGCCUUGCGCCAGAUGUUGCAGGCCUUAUCUCAGAGAUACAUCCUGGUGAUUCUCUCCAACAACGAUCGUGGGGCAGCUGCAGUCCUAAAUUUGCUUCGCCUGGCAGAUUUGGCAUCAAAUUUUGAAGCCAUUUGGACUGCGCCCUUCCGCCAGCAAGUGACCUGUGGCGUGUUUCGUUCGCCCAGCGGCAUUUGGCAGGACUUUGAACCGCCGGUGCUGGAGGUGGCAGAUGAAAAGACCGAAAUCCUUCAUCACAUUGUGGCCAAUCCCAUCAGGUGGUUUCCUCAAAUGCUGGAGGGUGCCCACCCACGGCUUACCACCCUCCGGCCCGAGAGCGUGAUUCUGGUGGAUGAUGAACGUCAGAAUCUCCAGCAUGCCUGGCAUGCCUCCAAGACUGCUUUGAGAUAUUGUAAAGUGGCCCGCUAUGACGAAGUUUAUCGAAGUUGCGGGCCCUUGAACCAAUUGGGGGGCAUUGGAGCCCACAGUUUGGAAGACUUUGAGGUUUUGCAGCGUUUCGCGCAGACGCCAUGGCUGUUUCAAGAGCCGCACUUUCCGGAAGGCGUCAGCAGCGAGGAUGAUGUUUCCGCCGCAGCUCCCUACAACGCUUCUCGUUUGCCUGGAAGUCGUUCCGAGGAGUGGGACAAGCUGCCACGGCGCCGCGACACGCUGCCGCGCAGCUUGUCCUCACCGUCCCUGCGUCCGCAGCCGCAGACUCCGCCUAUGUCGCGGAGUCAGAGUUUCUGUCUCUCCGAUGGAAUGUCCCCCCGAGCCACGAACCUGGAGAUGGAGGAGGACUUCAAGACAGAGAUGUGCCUCAUUGGGAUGGACGAGUGA